UAUAAUAAUUUAUUAAAUUUUAAGUGAAAUUUUAAAAUUUACAUUUCAUAAUAUUACCGACCUUAAAAUUUAUGUAUCACAAUUGAAAUUUAGUCAUUCUCAUUCUCAGUGGGGAAGAGAUUUGCUUAAAACCCUAAUUAUCUCUUCAAGCAAUAUUGAAUUUGAAGUUGCAGUUGCUAGUGUAGAGCUUUGUUUCUUGGCUUGAAAUGGCAAGAUCAACCAGCAAGGAUGCCCAAGCUCUCUUCAAUUCCCUUCGCUCUGCCUAUUCUGCCACUCCCACUAGCCUCAAGAUCAUCGAUCUGUAUGUGGGCUUUGCGGUUUUCACUGCUCUGAUUCAGGUAGUUUACAUGGCAAUUGUUGGAUCAUUUCCAUUCAAUUCUUUUCUGUCUGGAGUACUUUCUUGUGUAGGCACAGCUGUCCUUGCUGUUUGUCUCCGUAUCCAAGUGAACAAAGAAAACAAGGAAUUCAAGGAUUUACCUCCAGAGCGUGCAUUUGCUGAUUUUGUUCUCUGCAAUUUGGUGCUCCAUUUGGUGAUCAUGAAUUUCCUUGGUUAAUUUUAGCCAUUUUGGUCUCUGUCUGGUACACAUGUCCUUUAUAUUCAACUGUGACAUAAUCAUAAGUAGUUAUAGGACUCCAAUGCUGCAAAUUUUCAUUGGCCAUAACUUAGGAAUAAUGGCAAAACACAUCAUUUUGCCUCUGAACUUUUUAUAUAUAUAUUUUUAAUUGAUUCUUUAU